GUCCAUCAGUAUUAACUUCAAGAAAUUUUGCUACUGAUUACCCCCAGUAUACGGCCGCCAUAUUAAAUUGGAACAUUGAAUAGAACAUUUAUCUUCGAACAUCUCUUCAAUCUUACUUUGUAUUUGUUUUCGUCAUUUUAGGUUCUAUGUCUUUUGUUACUUGUUAUACCAGCUUACUGUUAGUUUCGAUCCUCGACAAAAUAGAAAUUAUAUGCCUGCAGUUGUUCUAUAGGUAUCCCUCGGAUAAGUUGGUGAACGUGAAAAACUUUUCAUAGCAUAUGUAUCUAAAAGUGAUUUGUCGUAAAAAUUGUUUAGUGUUGGACUUGGAUAAAUAUUUGUGAUAAGGUUCUAAUUUUAGUGACUCCUAGUGGAAGUUUGUUGAAAAAAUGAUGACCGAAAAUAGAAUUAGUUCAAGUAAUCACGUUGGAAACAGUAUGAAUAACCAGACGAAGGGAGAUGUAGAUAAAACUGUGGAAGACAAAGGAUGGAAAUCGAAAUUAAAAAUACCCCCCAAAGACAGAAGAAUAAAGACCAGUGAUGUGACGGAUACAAGAGGUAAUGAAUUUGAAGAGUUUUGCCUAAAGAGAGAGCUACUGAUGGGUAUAUUUGAGAAGGGAUGGGAAAAGCCUUCACCUAUUCAAGAGGCUGCAAUCCCUGUUGCCCUAAGCGGAAAAGAUGUACUUGCACGAGCAAAGAAUGGAACUGGCAAAACAGGAGCUUAUUGUAUUCCAGUGUUAGAACAGGUUGAUCCAAAAAAAGAUGCUAUUCAAGCGUUAGUUGUGGUCCCAACUAGAGAGCUAGCACUACAGACAUCACAAAUUUGCAUUGAACUGGCAAAACACACAGAUAUCCGCGUAAUGGUUACCACAGGAGGCACCAACCUUAGGGAUGACAUUAUGCGUAUAUAUCAAAAUGUUCAAGUAAUAAUUGCUACACCUGGUCGUAUGAUUGAUCUCAUGGAUAAACAAGUAGCUAAGAUGGAUCAGUGCAGGAUGUUGGUUCUUGAUGAAGCAGAUAAAUUACUGUCACAAGACUUUAAAGGCAUGCUGGACAUGGUUAUUUGUCGGCUACCCAAAGAACGCCAGAUCUUGCUAUUCUCAGCCACAUUUCCAUUGAGUGUAAAGCAGUUCAUGGAGAAGCACCUUAGGGAGCCAUAUGAAAUUAACCUCAUGGAAGAGCUUACACUUAAAGGAGUCACACAGUACUAUGCAUUUGUUCAAGAAAGACAAAAAGUGCAUUGCUUAAAUACACUUUUUUCAAAGCUGCAAAUAAAUCAAUCCAUUAUAUUCUGCAAUUCAACUCAGCGAGUGGAGCUGCUGGCUAAGAAAAUAACGGAGUUGGGUUAUUGUUGCUAUUACAUACACGCGCGCAUGGCGCAGGCGCACCGCAACCGCGUGUUCCACGACUUCCGCGCCGGCCUCUGCCGCAACCUCGUGUGCUCUGACCUCUUCACCAGGGGUAUCGACGUGCAGGCGGUCAAUGUGGUCAUCAACUUCGACUUCCCGCGCAUGGCCGAGACAUACCUGCACCGCAUCGGCCGCUCUGGGCGCUUCGGCCACCUGGGUAUCGCGAUCAAUCUGAUCACCUAUGAGGACCGGUACACUCUGCACCGCAUCGAGCUGGAGCUGAAUACCGAAAUCAAGCCUAUCCCGAAGGUGAUUGACCCCGCGCUAUACGUGGCGCGCGCCGACGAGGACGACUCGGCCGAGAAGUAACGCCGUGCCGCUGCGCGUCGAUAUUCGCACACAAAAAACAUCUGGACUUACUGACUGGUGAACUGAAUUAGUAGAUAUAAAAACAAAAACAAAAAACUUAUUUGUAAAAAGUGAUUUAUUGUAACAAAAUGUGCGUGUAAAUAGUUUAUCGUGAAAUAAGACUCGAUACCCCGUGUGGGUUAACUUUUUUAAAGUGUAUAUAUAAAUAAACACGGACUACGAAAGGCAUCCUGCGCCCUUUAUCCAUAUUGGAUACUGUGCGCGGUUUCCUACAUUGUUGAAACGUAAAAUAUUUAUCUGAAUCCUUGCUGUGUGAGUCUAUCUAGAUUUGUCCAUGAUCUUAACAUAAAUUGUGAUAGACUUCUUACAUGUGUCCAAGUGUCCUACCCAUAUUGGUAACAGAGCUAGCACCAGUUUCAUUUUAUAGAAUAGUCUUUCCCAAGUGAUUGUGUCGUCUGGGGUAUGGGUAGGCGAUAAGACUAGCUCAGACAAAUAUUGAUAAAUGAGAAAAAAAUUAAUUCUGUGUCAAAAACAUUGCCUCUGGCCGCUUGGGGCAAUGAUUCUUUUCAUCAAGCCGCAUUUGAAUUAAAUCUGGCUAAAAUAAUGAUUUGGACUGAAUAAGGUAUUUGGAUAUGUUGAUUGUAAGAUGUAUGAUUGUGGUUUUCUUUAUUAUUUAGGUCAAUGAUGUUUUGUUAUCUUAGCCAGAUUUUAAUGUUACAGAUACAAGUCAUAGUUGAGUUCUAUCUUACAAGCGGUUUGUCACAGUGUGGGUAUGUGAAGCAUACCAUUUCAAGCAAAGCUUAGGUGGGCAUUAUUUUUGGAGCAAAAAAACUAUUUUGUAGCUAAUUUUUCUUAACAACAAGAUAUAUUCUAAAAAUACAGAUGAAAAAUUACCUUACUUUGGCCUACCUUAGCUUUUGUAAUAUUUUUUAAUUUCGCCUGUGACCAACUAACAAGGCAGGGCAAUGAGAAGACUCUGUUGCGGCUUGCAGAUGCGACGCAUUGCCACGUCUGGGGGAUUUCAUUUAGAGAGUUUUUGUGUUCCAUUAUUACAAAAAAAAA